AUGUCUACUCCUGACGACUUCAGCAGCCUCCCUCCCGUGGUGCGUGUGAGCACCAACGUGGCGGCGCUGACCCCGCCCUCGGCGAGCUAUGGGCUCACCACGGGAGAGCUGACUGAGUGUUUUCUCAGCGCUCGACGCAAUAGCAUCCACACGCAGCCGCUACCCUCUGACGCCAAGGCGAUAAAAAAAGCCCAGGAACGCCUUGACACCUUCCACUCUUCGCAGAUCAACCCCUUCCUCUACGGCUACAUGUACCCGGAUCAGGACAUCCCUGAGCCGGUGCUGAGCAGCAUUCGAAAACUCUGCGUCAACGCCGGCAGUGCCUGGUCGGCGCGGUGCCAGCGACUCGCCUUUGACGUGCUCACAACAGAGCUGCAGGCGAAAGCGUCCAACGUGAUUCCGCGCACAAAUCACGACGACCCGAUCGGACUGGCGCAGCUGCGUCGUGUCUUGCCCACGCUGAAGUACGUGCCAAGCGCAACUGUGACGAACCCGCACUACCGGUUCGUGGGUGACUACCUCGACGACGUCACCGAGAACGCGAAGGUGUUCUCUGCAGCGGUCACUGUGCAGAACAACGGCUCGCAACCUUUCACUGUCGAGAUCACGCAGACCCAGACCGUCAUUGACGGCGUGCAGGUGGAAGACAAGUUCAUGGAGGCGAAGCUGGAGAAGGCGGAGCUGCGCCGUGGGGAGUCGGUGGACGUACGCCUCGUUAUGCAGCAGCCCCCGCGCGCUGUGCUGUGGGAGUAUGAACAAAUGGUGGUGCUCUCCGUGAACGGUGUCCUCAAGUACUUCGUGACUUUCGCGGUCAUUUCACCAAAGCAGGAUCUAUUUAAGCAGCGCCUGCCGGGAUGCCUUCCACUGACAGUGCAGGAUUCUCCCCUCGGAGAGUACAGUGCCCCUCUCAUGCUACAGGUGCUAAAGCACGCGUUCAUUCGGCAACAGGGGUACACCAGCCCCGCCGUCGUGCAUUUACUUCUCGGCAAGGCCGUCAACUACCGUUCCCAUAACGAGCUGGUCAUGUCGGAGACGAUGAGACUGACGAAGGCGCUGAUUGAUCAGAUGAAUAUGGCCGCGACAAUCUCCAGCUACUGGACCUCGCUACCAGACGCUAAGAAGGCACCACCUUCGCGUCAGUACCAACCACCCGUGUCCUCUGCACAGCCAGCACGCUACGCCCCAGGGUCAGACAAGUUCGGGUCAUCCAAUGUCGCUACUGCGGAAGCUCUCUUCCCGAACAGCGUGACGCGCUUGCCGGAGGUGCUGCUGCGCUCACCUCCGGCUGUCAUCAUGGGGGCCAUACUCAUCUGGCUGGCGCAGAUGGAUAUCGUCGUCUUCGAUUCAUCCUUCUUCAACUGCGACCCUGUCGGGUACAUGCAGGGCAUGCCGCCAUACCUUCGCGGCAUUCUGCUCUGGAUACUUGACCUCUGCUGCGGACUGCUGGCGAACCAGGAUGUGAAUGGGGCGAACGAGCGGGCGCUAGCCUUGACGUUUGCGACUCUCCUCAUGCGACGCAACCCUCCGCAGUACAACUCAGAGGAGACAGAGGCCUUCUCUGACGCGCAAGUCAUCUUUGACUCCCCUAGGAGUUGUGGUGGUGCUGAUGGCAGCGCCAGCACAUCCACUGCUGCAUCUUUCUCCACUGAUCUUGCCUUUCAUCAGAACGCCGUGACAGCAAUGCUGCACUGGAUUACUGUCUACCGCGUCAAAUAUGCGAAGAAGAGGCAGUAG